AUGGCUGAGGAGCUGACAUACACCGAUCUCCCUCCUCGGAUGAAGCCAGUGUCCGAACUGAAGCCAUCUCCAGACCAAGUGGCGAAACGUCUCGCAGAAUUUGGCCCUCUGAUCCCUCGGCAACUCGAUACUGAUGACUCUGUUGAGAAUUUGUGCGGUGCCACCUUUACCCAUCAUUUUGUGGAGUCGCCCGGAGACUACGACACUGUCAGCUUUCACUAUGUGACGUGUGGUAGCGAGGGGAAGCAAAAGGCAGUUGUGUUCUUGCAUGGACUGCCAGAUUCUUGGUUUGGGUGGCAUCAACACAUGGCAUCCCUUGCGGAGGAUGGUUACUUUUGUAUCGCUCCGGAUUUGAAAGGGUAUGGGCAGUCGAGCAAGGAACCAGGUGAUUACAGGCACGAAGGAGCGGCUGAACAGUUGGCUGCAAUGUUGCUCAAGAUUGGCAUCGAGAAGUUCUAUCUUGUCACCCACGAUCGUGGAACUGUUCAAGGCGAUUACAUUGCUGCUCUCUUCCCAGACCGCGUGCUUGGUUACGUCCGUGGAGAACAGCACCUCAUCCACUACAACCCAGCUCUGUCAUCUCAGCAUGCCUUGUUUCUCCACGCUCCAUACAACGGCAUUAUGGAGGAGCCACAGCGGCUCGCCCUGACAGCCUACAUGUGGUUCACUGCUCGGGAGAUUCCUGAUGGAGCUGCAACCCUGCAGCGUGUGGCUCAAGAGCUUGCUUACGAAGGAAUCAGCAAGGCCGUGCCUCGAUACUAUGGUGCAAGUACCUUUCACCAGGAAUGGCUCGACCGACGCAGGAGACUCAUGGGCAAGUGGGAAUGCCCGAUUGUCAUCAUGCAAGGAUACGAUAGCCUAACCCAACCGCGCGAAUGGUUCAACCUGGAAGAGAUCCAGGGCCUUGUUCCUCGUGCCAAGGUCUUGGAGGUCAAGUUCAUUCCUGGUGGGCACUUUUGGCCGUUGGAGAGCCCAGAUGAGACUACAGCUGCGCUACGUGAGGCACUGAAGGCAUUGAGGGAUCUGUAA